AUCAUUUUCACUUGCAACUGACUCAAAUAAUAACUACCCGGGAUGCUUCUCUCUCUCUCUCUCCAACCAAAAGCUAGCUUAGCUCCAAAUCUACCUUAAGUUACCAUUAUAAACUUCUAAACACUCUUCUCUCUCUGCUGAUUUCAACAAAUUCUCACUUGAGGCCAGAGACAGAUGGAAGUGGAAGUGAAGCAGUCACGGCCAGACAAUAUGGAAUCGAUCACCUUCGACGAGGCGUUUAUGGAACGAGGCAAGAGCUUCGUCACAGCAUUGCAAGAACUCAAGAAUUUGAGGCCUCAGUUAUAUUCUGCUGCAGAAUACUGUGAGAAGUCUUAUCUUCAUAGCGAACAGAAACAGAUGGUCCUGGACAACUUGAAGGAUUAUGCUGUCCGAGCCCUUGUGAAUGCUGUUGACCACCUUGGCUCUGUAGCUUACAAAUUAACUGAUCUCCUUGAACAACAAACUUUGGAUGUCUCAACCAUGGAGCUUAAGGUUUCAUGUCUGAAACAGCAACUACUAACGUGCCAAACAUACACGGAUAGAGAAGGCCUCAGGCAGCAGCAGUUGUUAGCAUUCAUUCCGAGGCAUCACAAACACUAUACCUUGCCCAAUUAUGUCCACAAGAAAGUACAAUUUAACCCACACGUAAGAACGGAUGCCAGGCAAAGUCGUAUUCAACCAAGACCUCGUCUUUACAAUUCAGGCAGCCUAGCUCCCACAACUCUGUCAUGGCAUUUGGCAUCAGAAACCAAGUCUACCUUAAAAAAUUCCUCAUGUGCUUUGUCGAGCAGUGAAGAUCCAACAACUUCCAGCAUAGCUUCUGGGGUCUUCCAUUUAGUGGAUGCUGAAGAGAGCACCCGGAUGAAAUCCUCAGCAGUUCAAUUCCAGUUGCCCAGCGGAGGGCAUGCUAAAAGUGCAGCUAUGCAAACAUUCGGUACCGCACGGAUGAACACCGUAGAGGGCUCCAAACCUUUGGCAGCUUCCAGGUCAUUUGACAACCCAAGUCGGCAAGAGAUUGUUCGUGCACCAGUCCGCAGCAAGAGCCUGAUAUCAGCUUUCUUUGUUAAACAGAAGACACCCAAACUAAAGAGCGUCUCAUGAAUUCUCAAGCCAUUUGACUAAGAGUUAACUUUCAGCAAACCACCCCCGACGCAUGGGCCUUUCGUCCUAUUCAUUUAGUAAUUGCGCACAAAUCACCAUCUACUUUCAUUCCUUCCAUUUGGCGUAUAAAUAACAAGCAGAAGUGCAUUGUUUUAGGUAGAUGAAAUUGCAACUUCAUGAAAAAACGGCUCAGAUCAGCAGUUCUAGUGUGAUGUGUCGCAUUCGAUGCCAUGUUUAGUAGCUGUAUUCAUAUGCAUAGCUCUAGGGUUAAUUAUAUGCAAUUAGAUUGUGAAUACUGAUGAAGCCUUUGAUGAGGUGAAUAUUUUUUUAACUGUACCUUAGGUGAUUACUAUU